GGGAGCGGAGCGGGGCCUCCGAGCAGGUCGCUGCUGCCGCCGGCGCCCGCAGACCCGCCACCGAUCUGGCCUGGGCGCCUCCUCUCCCGCGGCGGCCGAACAGCGCAGCGCUCCCCGGGCUGCAGGCUCGGCUCUUGGGCCCCCGCACGGCGCCGGGCCGCGGGCCUCCCGGGGCUCCAGCCCGGCCGCAGCCGCCGCGAUGGCCCUCAAGAUGGUCAAGGGCAGCAUCGACCGCAUGUUCGACAAGAACUUGCAGGACCUGGUGCGCGGCAUCCGCAACCACAAGGAGGACGAGGCAAAAUACAUCUCUCAGUGCAUUGAUGAAAUCAAGCAAGAACUGAAGCAAGACAACAUUGCAGUGAAAGCAAAUGCUGUCUGCAAGCUGACCUAUUUACAAAUGUUAGGCUACGACAUCAGCUGGGCUGCCUUCAACAUCAUAGAAGUGAUGAGCGCUUCCAAGUUCACGUUUAAGCGGAUCGGCUACCUCGCUGCUUCCCAGUGUUUUCACGAGGGAACUGAUGUCAUCAUGCUGACCACGAACCAGAUCCGCAAGGACCUGAGCAGCCCCAGCCAGUACGACACCGGCGUUGCACUGACUGGCCUGUCCUGUUUUGUUACCCCAGAUCUAGCCAGGGACUUGGCCAACGACAUCAUGACACUGAUGUCACACACCAAGCCGUACAUCCGGAAGAAGGCUGUGCUGAUCAUGUACAAGGUCUUCCUGAAGUACCCCGAAUCACUGCGCCCUGCCUUUCCCCGCCUGAAGGAAAAGCUUGAGGACCCCGAUCCUGGGGUCCAGUCAGCAGCAGUCAACGUCAUCUGUGAGCUGGCCAGACGCAACCCUAAAAACUACCUUUCCCUCGCCCCACUGUUUUUCAAGUUGAUGACCUCUUCCACAAACAAUUGGGUCCUCAUUAAAAUCAUCAAACUGUUUGGUGCUCUGACCCCCUUGGAACCAAGGUUGGGCAAGAAGCUAAUCGAACCUCUCACCAACCUGAUCCACAGCACAUCUGCCAUGUCCCUGCUCUACGAAUGUGUGAACACCGUGAUCGCAGUUCUCAUCUCUCUGUCCUCCGGCAUGCCUAACCACAGUGCCAGCAUCCAGCUCUGUGUUCAGAAGUUACGGAUAUUGAUAGAAGACUCCGAUCAGAACUUGAAGUACCUAGGUCUGUUGGCCAUGUCCAAGAUCCUGAGGACGCACCCCAAGUCCGUGCAGGCCCACAAGGAUCUGGUCCUGCAGUGUCUGGAUGACAAGGAUGAGUCCAUCCGGCUGAGGGCCCUCGACCUCCUGUAUGGGAUGGUGUCCAAGAAGAACCUGAUGGAAAUUGUCAAGAAGCUGAUGACCCACGUGGAUAAGGCUGAGGGCACCACAUAUCGAGACGAGCUGCUCACCAAGAUCAUCGACAUCUGUAGCCAGUCCAACUACCAGCACAUCACCAACUUUGAGUGGUAUAUCAGCAUCCUCGUGGAGCUGACCCGGCUGGAGGGCACCCGCCACGGCCACCUCAUCGCUGCGCAGAUGCUGGACGUGGCCAUCCGCGUGAAGGCCAUCCGCAGGUUCGCCGUGUCGCAGAUGUCCGCGCUGCUCGACAGUGCCCACCUGGUGACCAGCAGCACCCAGCGCAAUGGCAUCUGUGAAGUGCUGUAUGCGGCCGCCUGGAUUUGUGGGGAGUUUUCAGAGCACCUGCAGGAGCCCCACCAGACCCUCGAGGCCAUGCUGCGGCCCAAAGUCACCACGCUGCCUGGCCACAUCCAGGCUGUGUACGUGCAGAAUGUGGUCAAGCUGUACGCGUCGAUCCUGCAGCAGAAGGAGCAGGCUGCCGAGGUGGAAGCGGCCCAGGAGGUCACCCAGCUCAUGGUGGAGCGGCUGCCCCAGUUCGUGCAGAGUGCAGACCUGGAGGUCCAGGAGCGGGCAUCCUGCAUCCUGCAGUUGGUCAAACACAUCCAGAAGCUUCAGGCAAAGGAGGUGCCAGUGGCAGAGGAAGUCAGUGCCCUGUUUGCUGGGGAGCUAAACCCAGUGGCUCCCAAGGCCCAGAAGAAAGUUCCGAUUCCUGAAGGCCUGGACCUGGAUGCCUGGAUCAACGAGCCCCCCUCGGACAGUGAGUCUGAGGACGAGAAGCCCAAGGCCAUCUUCCAUGACGAGGAGCAGCGACAUGCCAAGCAGCAGCCACCUGAGGUGGACGAGGAGGAGCUGGCCCGGCGCCGAGAAGCCCGGAAGCAGGAGCAGGCCAACAAUCCAUUUUACAUCAAAAGUUCCCCAUCCCCCCAAAAGAGGUACCAGGACAUGCCAGGCGUGGAGCACAUACCUGUGGUGCGAAUUGACCUCUCGGUGCCCCUGAAAGUACCAGGCAUGCCCAUGUCAGACCAGUACGUGAAACUGGAGGAGGAGCGGAGGCACCGGCAGCGUUUGGAAAAGGACAAGAAAAGGAGGAAGAAGAAGGAGAAGGAGAAGCGGGGUAAAACGCGGCGCCACAGCUCACUGCACACAGAGAGCGAUGAGGACAUCGCCCCGGCGCAGCAGGUGGACAUUGUCACAGAGGAGAUGCCAGAGAACGCUCUGCCCAGCGACGAGGACGACAAAGACCUCAAUGAUCCCUAUAGGGCCCUGGAUAUUGACUUGGAUAAGCCCUUAGCCGACAGUGAGAAGCUGCCCAUCCAGAAACACCGAAAUGCUGAGACCUCCAAGUCUCCUGAGAAGGAUGAUGUCCCUGUUGUGGAAAAGAAGAGCAAGAAGCCCAAGAAGAAAGAGAAGAAGCACAAAGAAAAGGAGCGAGAAAAGAAGCGGGAGAGUGAGAAGAAGGGUGAGGACUUGGAUUUCUGGCUGUCCACCACGCCCCCACCCGCUGCUGCCCCAGCCCUGACCGUGGAGGAGCCCGAGGUGAUCAGCACCUUGGCUGCCCCCAAGGAGGAGCACAAGGAGCCCAGCAAAGAGCAGCAGGAUGAGGACGAGGAGGAGGAGGAGGCAGACCCUGACAAGAAAUCUUCCAAGCAUAAGAAGAAGAAGCACAAGAAGAAGGAGGAGAGAUCCAAAGACAAGAAGAAAUCCAAGAAGAAAAAGCCUCUGAGUGAGGAAGCCUCAGGGCCCGUGGAGAACGGCGCAGUGGAGGAGGAGCCUCUCCCGCCCAUGUCCAGCUACUGCCUCCUGGCUGAAAACUCUUACAUUAAGAUGACAUACGACGUGCAGGGCAGCCUGCAGAAGGACAGUCAGGUGACUGUGUCUGUGGUCCUGGAGAACCAGAGCGACAGCUUCCUGAAGAACAUGGAGCUCAGCGUGCUGGACUCACUUAACACUAAGCUGACCCGGCCAGAGGGCUCCUCCGUGCACGAUGGUGUCCCUGUGCCUUUCCAGCUGCCCCCAGGCAUCUCCAACGAGGCCCAGCUUGUGUUCACCAUUCAGAGCAUUGUCAUGGCCCAGAAACUCAAGGGGACCCUGUCCUUCAUCGCCAAGAACGAUGAGGGUUCCACCCACGAGAAGCUCGACUUCACGCUGCUCUUUCGCUGCACCUCGUACAUGAUCACCACGCCGUGCUACAGUGAUGCCUUUGCCAAGUUGCUGGAGUCUGGAGACCUGAGUAUGAGCUCAAUCAAAGUUGAUGGCAUUACUAUGUCCUUCCAGAACCUUCUGGCAAAGAUCUGUUUUUACCACCAUUUCUCCGUUGUGGAGCGGGUAGACUCCUGCGCCUCCAUGUACAGCCGCUCCAUCCAGGGCCACCACGUCUGCCUCCUGGUGAAGAAGGGUGAGAAGUCGGUAUCAGUUGAUGGGAAGUGCAGUGACUCCACGCUGCUGAGCAACCUGCUGGAGGAGAUGAAAGCUACACUGGCCCAGUGCUGAGUGCUGUCCGCGAGCCCUGCGCAGCCGACACGCGGGGGAGGUGGCUACCGUGUGUGCAGUUCCUGUCGCAUGUACUGUACCAGCCCGUGCGUUACGUCCACUGUCGUCCACCACUUAGACGUUCAGGUUAUGUGUUUCAUUGAUCUCUGUCGUCUUUUUCACUUUGACUUUUUCCACUCUCUGGUGAGAAGCCCUGUUCCAGUCCCCAGAACAGCGGGGCUCCUGGGGUCGAGAGCUAACUGCUCACGGCAUGGGGGCUGCCGGUGGGCCCGCGGGGCCACCAUCCCGGCCAGCUCCUGGGGGCCUAGGGUAGGUGCUUUCAGUGGGUAGGACAGGCUCCCCACACAUUUGCUUCUGUGAAGUUGUCCAAGUCCCACAGUCUCCCCAAAUACCCUGCCCCGCAGCAUCUCGGGGGUGAACUAGGGACUGGAUGUCACCUCGCAGCUGCAGGUCAGGUCUUGGUGUCCCCAGGACGUUUGGUGAGAAACAGCAGGCUGUCAUCCAUAGCGUUCUCCACAUCACCCCCCAUGUUCGUCUGCCACGGAAGGAACUCAGUGGAUGCCAAGGCGGGGUGUCGCCGAGUGUAGGGAAUCCACAGGACCCCUGUUAGAGCUGACCUCGUUGAUUUUCGUUGUCCUCAUUCAUAGAAGCGUGUCUCUGUCAGUGUUGCUUGGGGUGCGUGCCAGAGUGCCGGUCUCCUUUUGUCACUGAACACUCCACAGGGCUGCCCCCACUUUAUGCCACAGCAGCCGAAGGGCCCUUCCCGGCCCAGGUCCUCCCGGUGAAGCACGUGUGUCCCGGGGCAGCCUGGCUAUUGUGCACCUCAUGGGCGGGGGUGGGAGGUGGUCGGGGGACCCCAGGCGGCCCAGCCUCCCCCACCCCUGUGAGACAGAACCUUCCUCAGAUGAUGGUCCUCAAUGACGUUUUAGCUUUUCCUUUUGAUGAAAACUGUCACUUUAGCAUGUAAUCUAUUACAGAAUCCUGUGCAGUGAUUCUAGAAUAUCAAAAUUGUAUGAUGUGUUAUAUAAGAAUUUGCUAUCAACAUUCCUGUAUAAAGGAGAGAGAUAUCACGUUGCUGUCAUGAUUUUGUGUCCAGAUGAGCCAAUAAACUUGCAAAAACAGAUGUCAUCACCUAUUGGGUCUUGUGCCCAUGCCACUGUGCUCCCCUGGCCAGGUGUCUUCACACUGUAGCCACGGGUUCACGCAGUCCCUGAUCUGCUCUCGAAGCGCCAGGGCUGUGGGGUGCCCUCAGGAAUGUCGCGGCACAAUGGGAGAACCUUGUCGAUGUGCCUCGUCUCCUGGGGUGGGGGAUGGGUGGGGGGGUGAUAGGAUUCCCUCCCCCCAUCCAAGUUCCUGGGCGCAGGUGGUAGUGGACAGAGGGCUAUCCCGCCUAACCCAUGUGGCUUCUCAGCUUCCACCAGCAGUCCUUCCUCUCCCUGGGAACCCCACUGGUAAUGGGAUGUGCUGGGUAAGCGGCAGGAGCAGGUGCCAGAAGGAAGGCCCUGCUUGUAAUUUGCCUCAUUUCUCCCGGCUUUACAUGGUGGGACAGAGAUGACUUAGAGACUGGCUGGGUCAGUAGGUUGAUUUGAGAAAAGUCGGGCUGGGCCAGCAGAUGGAGUCUGAAUCAACUCCAGCUUGAAUCCCAGAACACGGAAGACAAGGUGAACACAGAUGUGCCCCCACACUAAACCCCUAAACGCUGGCCCUCCAGGCGCCCGAUGGGAGAGACACCGCCUGGCCCUGGUGUUCCUCCCGGAAACCAUUCUGUCAGAAAACACCAGCCAGGAGACCCAGGGACCCUGUGUGCGCCCCCUGCCCAGUGGGGUGAGUCAGAGCAUCCUGUGACGGGCCAAGCCCCUCGCCUGCGCCCUCAGUGAAGACAAAGAAUCCGACCUUUAAGACCUUGAAACAGCAAGUUUGUGCCACACACUGGCAAUCCCCAGACUGCUGUCCUGACUACCACCCACCACCCGCCAGGCCCCAUCGGGCCCCAGGAGGACAUGUGCUGUGUGGGGUGUUCGUGAUGCUCCCUGGAUCUACAGCGUCUACGCCAAGUGUUAAGCCGCGCAGACCAAGACAGAAAUGCUUCUGUGAAGCUGGAAACUAGAAGCUCAGAGGAACACCGAGUCCAGGCUUGGAGAGCAGUCCCAGAGGGGCCCAGAAUGGCAGAGCCCAGGCCAGAGGGAAUGUUCACAGAGUCACCUCUGGCUGCAUUGAUUCCCCAGUCUUCUUGUCUGCAGACACCCCUCCAAGCCCUAGGCCAGCCGCUUGAAGCCUGUAGCUUAAGCCACACCGGGAGUACUCAGUGCAGACCGCUCCUGUGUCCCUCUGGCUGAGAUUCAGCCCACUAGGACCUGAACCCCAAAUUGUACUAUGGCUGGCCUUGGUUUUCCCCAAACCACAAUCUCACUUUGAGUCAUCCAGAAAGCCAGCUAAUCCCUGUGCCUGUUUCUGGGGUUGCCUAGAUCCUUCAUCCUGCCUGAGCCCCAACAAGGUUUCUCCCUGCUCCAAGGACUGCUCCGUGAUGAGAAAUGUCAGAGACAUUUAAUCAUUCCAUUAAAUAGCUCUGCCAACUAUUCCCCCGUGUCAAUAUGUACAAACCCUCGUUGCUGCCCUGCCCACCAG